AUGACCAAUGGAUAUCACUUCAAUCGCUUGGUUUCCGUAUGCCAAAAGCGGGAAUAUGCCGCCUGUGAUCCUCUAUUGUUACGAUCGUCUCUAUUUAACGAAAGCGAUUGUGCAUACUGCAGUUCAGUUUGUGGAUGUUCUUGUCCUGGUACACCUGAAACAACAACCCCUGGAACACCCGCAACGCCUACUGGGGAAACACCAGGAACCCCACCAUGUCCGCCAGUAACGCCAACGCCUGAAACUAGCGCAACUCCAACUGCUAACACUCCAGGUACACCAACGGCUAAUACACCGGGAACUCCCGGAACACCAACCGCCAACACCCCCGGGACUCCAACUGCAGAUACACCUGUAACUCCAGGAACACCUACAGCCGAAACUCCCGGUACGCCCGGAACACCAACACCCAGCAAACCGGACACACCGACAGCAGAAACACCAGCAACCCCCGGUACACCUGCAACUCGUCCACCAUGCGCACCCGAAACACCAACACCUGGAACUCCCGGAACACCUACUGCAGGUACACCUGGAACUCCCGGUACACCAACAGGGGGUACACCUGGCACUCCUGGCACACCAACAGGUGGUACACCUGGUACUCCAGGUACACCAACAGCUGAAACACCAGGAACUCCCGGUACCCCAGGAACACCAACCGGUGGUACACCAGGCACUCCAGGAACACCCGGAACACCAACCGCCGGUACACCAGGUACUCCCGGCACACCAACAGGUGGUACUCCAGGAACACCCGGUACACCAACCGCUGGCACACCUGGCACACCUGGUACUCCAGGAACACCCGGCACCCCUGGUACACCAACCGAUAAUACACCCGGUACACCUGGAACUCCCGGCACACCAACAGCUGAUACUCCGGGCACGCCUGGAACUCCAGGUACACCAACAGCCGGUACACCCGGCACUCCAGGAACACCCGGCACCCCUGGAACACCAACCGAUAAUACCCCCGGUACACCUGGAACUCCUGAAACACCAACCCCCGGAACGCCAACACCAGGAACACCUGGUACACCAGGUACUCCUCGAACCCCGAACGAUUGCCCAAAUAAUUCUACCAUUUGUCAGGAUAAACCAGAAAACGAUAAUGGCUACAUAAACGGUACUUGCUCGCAAUAUUAUGUCUGUGUAUCCCAGUGUGCAUACAUAUUUACAUGUCCCAAUAAUUUGCUAUACAACACCAAUACCAAACAAUGUGAUUAUCCCGAAAAUGUAAAAUGUCCAUGGGAGCAUGUACCACCAACAGGACCAUCGGCAGGUCCAUCAGGUCAUGCUUGUGAAAGUUCUGGAAAGUGUUUACACCAGCGUGACGGCACAGUAUUUGCAGAUGAUUCGUCUUCAAGCAAUUACAUAAUAUGUCAGUGUGAAUGUGAAAUUGUAAGGCCAUGUUCCAGUGGUUUGCGAGAGCGACAUGCUGCCACAUCGUCAGUUGAUGUUGCUGCUGUUACUGCCCUGGCUGGUGAUGUUGAUGAUGACGAUCAUCGUCGUCAUCAUCAUCGUAAUGAUGAUGGUGGCAGUGGCGACAGUGUAGCUAUUCUGGUGCAAAGUAAUUGA